AUGACAAAAGGAUUUCACGUCAAGGGGAAAACAUAUUGCCUCACAGAUGUCGAAGUACAAUCGCAGUUGUUACCAUUAUUAGACUCUGAGAUCCGGAAGUUAAAUAUUUCAGACAGAUGUUGCUCAAAACCUGCGUUCAGAGCCCUAUACCAUGCUAAAGGAUUACUACCAUUUUCCCGUAAACGGGAGUCGAUUCAAGAUUCUACAGUCUUGAAGGGUACGAUCCCAAGUCUGUUUGAAAGGACAUUUCCUUCGCUCUAUUCAUAUUGCACCACUUCUUGCUCCCUGCACGUUGAGCACCUUGCUGGGAACAAAAUUAACACAGCACCCGGUGCUAAAUUCUCGACUGAUCAUUUAAGCCGGGCUAUGCAAGUCGAAAAGCACAUGCCCUAUGCACGAAAUGUGAUUUCUUGUCUCCAACCUGUCUCUCUGGCCACAUUUCACGGAGCUACGAACACUUGCUCCCGCAAAUAA